AUGAAACAUAUUCUGCCUGUGCUCCUGACGGUGCUGACUCUGCAUACGUCGCCAGCCAGCGGGGAAAAGAUCGUCUGUUAUUACACGUCCUGGGCGCAUUACAGGGCAGGAGUUGCCAAGUACACAGUAGACCACUUGCCUGUCGAGCUGUGCACGCAUGCUGUCUACGCCUUCGCAGUGCUCGACGCCAAGACCCUCACCAUCGUUGAACACGACGAUCACCUGGACAACAGCUCUGGUUUGGACAACUACCGCCGCUUUAUUAGACUGCGGGAACGUAGGCCUGGAAUUAAGUUAUUACUAGCUCUAGGAGGCUGGACGGACUCUCGCAGCGACAAGUACUCUCGGCUGGUGUCGGAGCCGCAGCGUCGCGCCGCCUUCGUCAGCCACGUGGUCUCCUUCCUGCAGGAGUAUGGCUUCGACGGACUGGACUUGGACUGGGAGUACCCAGGAUACCAGAGCUCUCCUCAGGAUAGGGAAGGUUUCCGCUUGUGGGUUGAGGAGCUCCGCGCUGCCUUCUCGCCCCGCGGCCUUCUGCUGACAGCGGCCGUGUCCGCGAGGAAGAGUGUGAUCGACCAGGGCUACGACGUCCCCGCCGUGGCGAAGGCGCUGGACCAGAUCCACCUCAUGAGCUACGACUUCCACGGCUCCUGGGAAAGGCGGGUCGCUCACCACGCCCCGCUGUUCCCCGCCCCCGGCCAGGAGAAGGAGCUCUCGGCUGACUUCGCCGUCAGGCACUGGAUCAAGAGGGGCGCGCCUGCGUCCAAACUGGUCCUAGGCGUCCCCUUCUACGGCCGGUCCUGGACUCUAGCAGGCGCCGACGCCUCGAGCGGAGCGCCGGCAUCGGGCGCCGGGCGACCUGGACCUCUGUUGAAGACGUCUGGCAUGAUGUCGUUCUACGAAAUCUGCCUCGCGCAUGUUCGCUACGGGUGGCCGAAGGUCCAGCACAGGGACGGCCCGCACCUGACCCUGAUGGACCAGUGGGUUGCUUACGAUGAUGUGGACGAGGUUGUGAAGAAGGCACAGUAUUCCCGGCGACUGGGUCUGGCAGGAGUCAUGGUCUGGGACACUUCGAUGGACGACUUCCAGGGGCUCUGCGGCGCCGGCAGGAACCCGCUCCUCGCCGCCAUUUCGAGGACUCUCAUGGGAGGACAGGGACCAUCGUUUCCAGCGCGACCGGAGGUGAACACUUUAACGUCUACGCCUCCUAUGCCACUAGUAGAAAGCUCUUCACAGACCACAGUUACUACUAGCAGUACCAUCAUAACAAAUACUUCUCCUAGUACUGCUGCUGCUACUCACGACAUCAUCAUCUUCCCCACGACACCCCCCGGCCUUCUGGAAACGUCUACUGUCUCGAAACCAGAACACAGCCCGGUCAGCAUUAACAUCACUGAAUGUAAGGCGGUGGGCUACACGCCUGACCCUCAAAGCUGUUUCCACUUUUACCGCUGUGACCACACAAGAGCUUUUCGAUUCAGUUGUCCCGCCGGUUUACACUGGUACCAAGACCUGCUGCUCUGUAACUGGCCCUCACUAGGCUCCUGUCAGGUCUCGGUGGUAUCUUUCAUACGCUCGAGGUUCAUCUUGCCUGAGGACGAGGACGAUGUGAUCGCUGAUGAAGCCACAGGAGCAAUAGGCUACUUCAGUCAUUUCAUUUAGGGCUAUU